ACCCCACUGAAGCUUUAUUUAUUAUUUCAAAAAUUGAAGCUUCAUUUACUAACUCAACAACCUCUGACUCGUUUCUUUUACUUCUUCGUCAGAACAUAUGCGCAUUAUGCUUAGCUCUUCAUCUCCUUCCUUUGCAUUACACUUUCCAGAGAACACCAUGGCCUUGUCACUCCAGGAGAUAAGUCAUUGUCUGAAAAGCUUGGAGAAUCAAGAAAAAGGAAAAGGAAAAACUAGUACCCAAGCUUCUACUAUUAACCUUGUUGACUUAGAGCAAACAAAAAGCCACUUCUUGAAAAAAAGUUUUUGCCACUCUGAUCAUGCCGACACAGGAAAAAAGGUUAUCCAACCCACUAGGAUUGAGCAAUCUAUUUCCCAUGUGUCGAUCAUUGGGUCCACAAUAAAAUACAAAAUCAUGAUGAGUGACAUGGUUGCUCUCAAUAAAACUAGUAAUGUUUUCGACAACUUGGAGGUUUGGUAAAAAUUGUCAAGGCAUAUUCUGAAGAGUAGUCCAAAAUAUUGGCUCAUAAUUUCCAGAGUUUGGAAGAUUCAAAAAAUAUUGUUAUCGAUUUGAAGAAAAAACUACAAAGUCACCAACGACUUGGAGGUAGCUAAGGACACAAUUGUCCAAGGUUUUAGAGAUGGUUUUGAUGUUGCAACCGAACAAGUCAAAGUGUUAUAUCCUGAUUUAGACUUAUCAAUUAUAGAUCCUUCCAAAAUGGUGGUUAAAGGUCAUAUUGUAGCCGACUGAUUGACGAUGCUCAAACCUUAUAUUUUGAUUGUUUAUUUACAUUUUCUAAUAUUUUCAUUUCUUGUCCCUUGAGACUCAUGCUUC